AUGCAUCUUCAUUUCCUGCUGGAUGAGGUCCACCUACCGGACAGUGGAGCAUACGGCCGACCGAAGGACACGUUUGCCAUCAAUGUAACUCUGGAGGUGCCCUACGUUCGCUACCGGCUGGAGAAAGUUCAAGUGCUGAAUUGCUACGUGACCGGUCAUGAUCCAUCGAAGGCACAGUCAACGCCUCCAACUGAGCAGAAUACAGAUGAGAUGGUAUCAUCAUCAUCAGCGGAGCCCUCGCAAGAAUCUGGCCAUGCCGAGACAAAGAAGCAGCACGAGGACAUUCGGGGAGAGGAACCAGAUGACUGGGAGUGGGAACAGCAAAGCAAGCGGCAACACUUGGAUGGAUUCUAUGAUGAUGAUGAUGAGAAGGAAGGUAGAGGGCGACUCCAAGGAAACGACGAAGCAGCUGAAGUUUAUGCCGAUGAUGACUAUGGUACCGAUAGCGAUGAUACAUCUACAGAAGCGAGAAAACAGCAUUUUUCAAACUACCAUCGAUACCAUCAAAAUCGAAUCGGUCCCACACCCGGAGAAACUCUGCAAUGGACCACGCAAUCGUCCAUAAGUCAUAGCACCAAUCGACGCCAUCUAUCGCAGGAAGACGCAAACGAAGCCUACUUUUACGACGAGGACUAUGAUGGUAAAAUGACCGGAGGCAACGCCAAUGAUGCAGAUUUUUACGACCAGCACAACCAUUUCGACAACAAUUAUUGCCACAUUGAACGGGAUACUUUUUCGCGAACGGCAAGAUCCGGUGGAAGGCAAUCGUCGCAGUUGAAGAGGUGA